UCCAAAUCUCCCUCUCCAAAACAAACUUAUUAUAUCUCUUUCUUUCUCUCACUCAUUCAUUCUCACACACACUCUCUCUCUCUAUGUCUGUCCCCAGCUCUCUAUCACUUGUGCUCAGGAAUUAAUAUCCCAAUACCAAGCUUCCCUACUUCAACUCACUCCUCCUAUCAAUUCUGCCAUGUAAAACUGAAAUCCCGCUUCAUUUCCCAUCUCCUCGAAUCCCACUCUCUCUAACCCAAAUCCAAAUCCAAAUCCUUCGUUAGUUUAAUAAAGAAAAAAAGAAAAAAAACAUGGAAAAGAUAGCUUGCUGGUUCCAACCAUUGGCAUUUGUAUAUUCUUCUGCUUAAUUUAGCUCCUGGGUUUCUGUCUCUAGCUCUGUCAUCUUGAAGUGUUUUAAUUAGUUUAAGACGAGUAGUGUGGCGGACGGAGAUUUUUUCAAGUUGUGGAAGAGAAGUAGUUGUUUAUUCGAUACAUUCAAUUUUGGAAGUCAUAAGUAUCAUCGUUCAAUAAAGACAGUUAGAAUUAGUUCCAAGGAAGAGAGAGCUUAGCUUAGAGCCUAUAAAACCAGCUCAAUAGCUUUGGUGCACAAUGGCUCCCAAAACAGGGAAAGCCAAGCCACACAAAUCCAAGGGAGACAAGAAGAAGAAAGAAGAGAAAGUUUUGCCUACCGUAAUCGAGAUUACCAUUGAAACACCAGAUGACUCGCAAGUGACCCUCAAGGGUAUCUCUACGGACAGGAUCUUAGAUGUGAGAAAGCUGUUGGGGGUCCACGUAGAUACAUGUCAUUUGACCAAUUUCUCCCUAUCACACGAGGUGCGAGGACCCAGACUGAAAGAUACUGUGGACAUCCUCUCUCUCAAACCCUGCCACCUCACCAUCGUCGAAGAGGACUACACGGAAGAGCAAGCCGUGGCUCACAUUCGAAGACUGGUUGACAUCGUCGCCUGCACGACGUCGUUUGGGUCGUCGUCUUCUUCACCCAGAACCCCCGGUUCCGCCUCGGUUCCGGAGACGGUUCGGUCGAGUUCUAAAGAGUCCGGUUUAGACGAGGGCGACGAGCACAAUGCCGUUCCGAAGACCAAAGUUUCGAGUCCGAUUCCGAUCGCCGGCGAGAAAGGCGGCGAGUCGGCAAUGUAUCCUCCGCCGAGGCUCGGCCAGUUUUACGACUUCUUCUCCUUGUCUCACCUCACUCCUCCACUCCACUACGUUAGAAGAUCUAGCCGUCCGUUCCUUGAGGACAAGGCAGAGGAGGACCUGUUUCAAAUUGAUGUUCGGGUUUGUAGUGGGAAGCCGACGACUAUAGUAGCAUCCAGAAAAGGGUUCUACCCUGCUGGAAAACGUCCUCUUAUUACUCACUCUUUGGUUGCUUUGCUUCAACAGAUAAGCCGGCCAUUCGAUGCUGCAUACAAUGCUGUCAUGAAGGCUUUCACCGAGCACAAUAAAUUUGGGAACCUUCCUUAUGGUUUUCGGGCAAACACAUGGGUUGUCCCUCCGGUUGUUGCUGAGAACCCGUCUGUUUUCCCGCCACUUCCUCUAGAAGAUGAAAAUUGGGGAGGAAAUGGGGGUGGGCAGGGAAGAGACGGUAAACACGAUAACAGGCCAUGGGCGAAAGAGUUUGCCAUUCUUGCAGCAAUGCCUUGUGCAACAGCAGAGGAGAGGCAAGUUCGAGAUCGAAAGGCCUUUCUGCUUCACAGUUUAUUUGUCGACGUCUCAGUUCUUAAAGCUGUUGCAGCUAUUAAGAGCCUAAUUGACACUCAUCAGUCUUGCCUAAAUGAUUCCACUCUUUCACUUCAUCAUGAGGAAAAAAUUGGAGAUUUAAUCAUUAAGAUCGUUAGAGAUGCACCUGAUGCAAGUGUAAAGGUGGAUUGCAAGAAUGAUGGUAGUCGAGUUCUAGGAAUGCCACAAGAAGAAGUUGCUCAGAGAAACCUACUGAAAGGCAUAACAGCUGAUGAGAGUGCAACUGUUCAUGAUACUUCUACACUAGGUGUUGUGGUUGUUAGGCAUUGUGGAUUUACUGCUGUUGUGAAAGUUUUAGCUGAGGUGAAUUGGGUGGGGAAACCUGUUCCUCAGGACAUUGAAAUUGAGGACCAGCCUGAAGGAGGUGCAAAUGCCUUGAAUGUUAACAGCCUGAGAAUGCUAUUGCAACAGUCAUCCCUCCUUCAGUCAUCAACUACGGUUCAACGAAGCCAGAGUACAGAUUUUGAAAAUUUACGUUCUGCUAGGUCCUUAGUAAGGAAAGUACUCGAAGAAAGUUUAUUAAGGUUGCAGGGUGGGCCAUCUAAUCACACCAAGUCGAUCAGAUGGGAGCUAGGAGCAUGUUGGGUGCAACAUUUGCAAAAUCAGGUUUCAGCGAAAAAUGAGCCUAAGAAAAAUGAAGAAGCUAAGAUAGAACCGGCUGUUAAGGGCCUCGGAAAGCAAGGUGGACUGCUAAAGGAAAUAAAGAAGAAAAUGGAUAUCAGGAGCAGUAAAACUGAACAGGGCAAGGAAGUUCUUGGGGGUAACAACCUUGAUCUUAAUAAGAAUUCAGUCACCACCAGUCAGGAGGAGUUAGAAAAGCGAGAUGCCGAAAAGGAAAUAAAUUGGAGAAGGCUACUUCCUGAUGCAUCCUAUUCGCGGCUCAAAGAAUCAGAUACCGGUCUCCACCUUAAGUCACCUGAUGAGUUGAUUGAAAUGGCACACAAGUAUUACGCUGAUACUGCACUUCCAAAACUGGUGGCAGAUUUUGGCUCCCUUGAACUUUCACCAGUUGAUGGAAGGACAUUGACAGAUUUUAUGCAUACAAGGGGUUUGCAAAUGUGUUCCCUGGGACGCGUGGUUGAACUUGCAGAUAAGCUCCCUCAUGUACAAUCACUCUGUAUCCAUGAGAUGGUUGUGCGAGCAUACAAACACAUACUGCAAGCUGUUGUAGCAGCAGUUGAUAAUGUCGCAGACUUGGCUGCAUCCAUAGCAGCAUGUCUAAAUAUUCUGCUAGGAACCCGAUCACCUGAAAAUGUGGAUGGAGACAUUACUUGUGAGGAUACGUUAAAAUGGAAGUGGGUGGAAACAUUCCUUUUGAAGAGGUUUGGAUGGCAAUGGAAACAUGAAAGCGUUGAGGACUUAAGAAAGUUUGCCAUUCUUCGUGGAUUGUGCCAUAAGGUUGGCCUUGAGCUUGUGCCAAGGGACUAUGAUAUGGACACUUCGUCUCCUUUUAGGAAAUCAGAUAUAGUAAGCAUGGUCCCUGUGUACAAGCAUGUUGCAUGUUCAUCUGCUGAUGGACGUACACUUCUGGAAUCUUCCAAGACUUCCUUGGAUAAAGGUAAACUGGAGGAUGCUGUUAAUUAUGGCACUAAGGCGUUGUCAAAACUUGUAUCAGUAUGUGGGCCUUAUCAUCGAAUGACUGCUGGAGCAUAUAGUCUUCUCGCUGUAGUACUGUAUCACACUGGGGAUUUUAAUCAGGCAACCAUCUAUCAGCAAAAAGCAUUGGAUAUUAAUGAGAGAGAGCUUGGACUUGAUCAUCCUGAUACAAUGAAAAGUUACGGGGAUUUAGCUGUGUUCUACUACCGACUUCAACAUACAGAGUUGGCCUUGAAGUACGUCAAUCGUGCGCUGUAUCUAUUGCACCUAACAUGUGGGCCGUCUCAUCCAAACACGGCUGCCACCUAUAUCAAUGUAGCAAUGAUGGAAGAAGGUUUGGGGAACGUCCAUGUUGCUCUUAGGUACCUCCAUGAAGCUCUCAAGUGCAAUCAAAGGCUACUUGGAGCUGAUCAUAUACAGACUGCUGCUAGCUAUCAUGCCAUAGCUAUCGCACUUUCUUUGAUGGAGGCAUACUCGUUAAGUGUUCAGCACGAACAAACUACCUUGCAAAUUCUGCAGGCGAAACUCGGGUCAGAGGAUCUACGCACACAGGAUGCGGCUGCAUGGCUUGAGUAUUUUGAGUCCAAAGCUUUGGAGCAGCAAGAAGCUGCACGGAAUGGUACUCCAAAGCCAGAUGCUUCAAUCUCCAGCAAAGGUCAUUUAAGUGUAUCAGAUCUUUUGGAUUAUAUAACACCAGAUGCUGAUAUGAAAGCUAGAGAGGCCCAAAGGAAAGCUCGUUUGAAGGUUAAAGGCAAACCAGGUCAGAACGGGGAGGCAGUCUCUGAUGAGUACCAGAAGGAUGAAAAUUUGUUACCAAGUCAUCCUGUUGCAGAGAAUUUAAGUGAUAAAGAGAACAAGUCUGAAGCACAAUUAGGAGAACCUAGGAAUGAGAAAUAUGAUUCCCAUCUACUUGAGCAAUCAAUAAUAUUUGCUACACAUGAUGAUCUGGCACAAGAUGACAACUCAGAUGAAGGCUGGCAAGAGGCUGUUCCUAAAGGCCGGUCACUUAUAGGUCGCAAAUCUACUGGGUCAAGGAGGCCAAGCCUUGAAAAACUGAAUACUAACUUUAUCAAUACAUCCCAGUCAUCAAGAUAUCGAGGCAAGGCCAAUAAUUUCACAUCCCCCAAAACAAGCCCAAAUGAGCCUGCUUCUUCAACUGGACCUGCUCCUCCAGUGUCAAAGAAGUUUGUCAAGAGUGCAAGCUUCAGUCCCAAGCAAAACAACUCUAGCACAUCAGCUACCGGAGCUGCAGAGAGAUUGCCAAACCCAAAGUCAGCACCAUCUACCCCAGCUUCUGUUGAUCAAGUCGUCAAGUCUGUAAGUCCGAUCAGUGUUCAGUCAGCUGGAAAACUCUUUUCCUACAAAGAAGUUGCAUUGGCUCCACCUGGGACAAUUGUGAAGGCAGUGGCGGAGCAGUUACCAAAGCUGAUUGUACAAAUUUCUCAGGUGGGCCAGGAGACACCUACAACAGAGGUCAGUGUUGGUGAAGUGACUGCAAUUAAAGAUGUGAAGGAUCAAAAAAAUAAGAAAUCGACAGGAGAGAAACAGGUUAUGGUUUCUGAGAAAAGCCCUUCUGUAGUACGAUCAGCAAAACUGAAGGAUUCUGUGGCAAAGGAGUCCCUGGAAGUUGUGAAGCAUGCUAGUGUUGGAGUACAAGUUGAAGCUGAAUCUGAAGCUGUGGAAUUAGAAAACACUGCUUUUGAAGGUGCAGAAGUUGAAAAUGUAAAAGUUCCUGUUCCUAGUGUUGAGAUUUCUGAUGCUUCCCAAAGUCCAAAUACCACAGCUGCUGAAUGUGGACCAUCAGACCCCCUAGGGCCAGACAGUUGCCCCAGGACUUCCUCUGAUUCAGAACCUCCAUCUGCUUUAACUGAGACUAGAACCAACAAUCCUUCUAAUACAGGGGAGGGAAAGUCACGUGAUUUACCCAAUGGCGACAUAGUUAAACCAGUGCCAACUGGUGGGGAAAAGGUAGAUGAACAAGAAACUGGAAAGGAGACGAGCAAAAAACUUUCUGCAGCCGCACCUCCUUUUAAUCCAUCCCCCAUUCCAGUUUUUGGCUCAAUUCCGGUUCCAGUUCCAGGUCUCAAUGAUCAUGGAGGGAUUUUGCCCCCACCUGUAAAUAUUCCUCCGAUGCUUGCAGUUAAUCCUGUCCGUAGAUCACCUCAUCAGUCAGCGACAGCAAGAGUUCCUUAUGGUCCGCGACUUUCUGGUGGCUAUAACAGAUCUGGAAGUCGGGUUUCGCGUAAUAAACAUAGCUUUCACAAUGGUGAGCACACCGGGGAUGGUCCUCCCAGAAUAAUGAACCCACAUGCAGCUGAGUUUGUACCUGGCCAACCUUGGGUUCAAAAUGGCUAUCCAGUGUCUCCCAAUGGUUUCUUGCCUUCCCCAAAUGGUUAUCCAGUGUCCCCAAAUGGAUAUCCGGUAUCACCGAAUGGUACUCCGGUGAAUCAAAACGGGUCUCCGACAUCUCCAGUCAGUUCAGAUGAGUCAUCACCAGUUGUGAUUGCUGAUAUUGGUGUUGGAGUAAAUACUGAAGGUGCAGCAAAGGAGACUGAUGAUAAGUUAUCAGUACAAGUUGAAUGUGACAAGCAACCAAUUGAAGGAGAGCUGCAGGAAGAACAGUCUUUAGAUAAUGUAAACGUUCCUCCUGAAACUGAAGAAAAGCCUAUUGAUACCGAUACAGUUCCUGGUGAUACUAUUGUGGAAAAGGAGACUAGCAAUCUAGUAGUUGAGGAAAAACCAAGCAAAUGUUGGGGAGAUUAUAGCGAUAAUGAAGCUGAGGUCAUUGAGGUUAGUAGUUGAAGAAGGAUCAUGAAAGUUUUCUAGUAUACCAACCAGUUCAGAGCUUAUAGUUGUGUACAAAAGAAGUGAAAUACAAAAUUGGGUUGUGAAGGCCCAGCUGUAGAGAGAAAUUUUCCAGUGAAGUGAAACCUGUGUCGUUACUGACUACAACCCUGGCGAGUGUGAAUACUUUGCGAUAACACUGUCUUUGCUGCAGCAUGGAUUGAGAAUUUUUACAUGAGAAUUCAGUUGAUAGGCUGGCAUGCGAAAGAAAUAUGCCACGAGUGGGUGAAGCUUUAGUGAGUAAAUUCUUUUCCUGUUCAAUUUUUACUUCUGUCUGAUAUAAUUUUGUUGUUGUUGGAUGUCAAGUGAUAAUGAAGAGAACCUUAGGAUGUUUAGUUUAAUCAUGUACUCCCGCAGAUGUUGAUUUCUUGGAAAGGUCUUUAAGACAAUAAAUUUCAGUUUUCUUCUGUAAUAAGUUAUUAGUGAAUCUGAUGA